AUGAGCGACGAUAACCCAGCCCAGGAGGUCGCAGAGGAUUUCAUCAAUGGCCAGAUAGACUACGUGGACGUCAACGCGCUUCGCAACCUGGGUGCCUCCGACGCAGACAUGAAGCAGGCCAUCGUUGAUGGCGCCAGGCACAUCGUCGGCUGCUGCAACCGGGUUCUACACAUGACUCGAGACAGCGGAGGUAAUGACAUCUCGACCGCCGGGAAAUCGAAGUGGCAGCAGAUCGGGCAAGAUGCCAUGAAUGGCGUUGUGCGUAACGAGUCCACGGUAAACGUCUUCAUCGCGUGCAUGCAGGCUGUGUCGAAGGUUGGUGACUGGGAGCGAACGGGGCUUGUUCGAGCCAUUUGA